AUGGUCGCGUCCCAAUUCCCCGUCGACAAAUUGAGCGUCACUUUGUCGCCUACUGCAUGCACUUUGGCUGAUAUUCAGUGGAUUGGUUGGGGAAUCUCCCAAUCUAGAAAUGGGUGCUAUGAUGUCGUUCGAUCCUCUGAUACAGCUUCGACAAAACACUCAUUGCGGUUAUUCUUGCUUCAAGAUCAUAAGAGCCCUGUAAACACGCCCGUUUCCGCCGUAUUUGGUAUCAUCUUGGAGAAACUCCGUUCCGAUCACGAAGCCAAGGCGCUUGUAGAGGUCCACCCCGUCCUUCAUAGCAUGUAUGAAGAUGGCAAGGCCCAAUUCUUCGUCUUUUGA